UUGAGCCCUCCCACAAUCCAAUCCACUGGGACACAGGUUUCAUCUGAUUGGUCGGGGAUUCUGCAACAGGGGGGGCGAGAACAAUAGCAUCAUUCCGGCAUAAAAAGAGUGGAGCUAUGCCUUGGAGAUGAAAACAUUUCAGCAACAGAAGAAUCGAUAUAGCGGGGAGAUAAAGUCCCAUAAGCUUCUAGAGUUGCCAUAUUUUUAACAAACCUGGAUACUCCAGACUGCGCCCACCUCCCCGAAGUGCCUUUCCGCUGUGACUCGCCAAGAUGCCCAAAGGAUUCCUGGUAAAAAGAAACAAGAAAACUACACAUAUUUCUUACAGGAAUCGGUCCGAUGAAGAUGACCUCCAGGAGCGACCCACCCCAGCUGCCUUUCCGAGUUAUGUGGACCCCUCACCGCAGAUGUUCGUGGCGUCCAGUCCAGACCGCUUCGCAACAUCUCCGGAUUUCAGAGCAGCUGACGUGCCGGUGCCAAGACUGGAGAACCCGCCGGUACAGUUCGGCAACCCAGAGGCGGUGUGCCAAGCCCUCUACAGCCCCACCCGGCCCACCAGCAAGGAGCACGACAGGGGAUAUUUUGGGAGAAGUUUCAAUCUGGGCUCGCCGAUUUCUGCCGAGUCAUUCCCGACACCUGCCUCCCUCUCCGGCCUGGACCACCUCCUGUACGCCCCGGUCGACCUGAAAAUCGGCACCAGCAACAGCAGCCGCAGCGGCACCACCAGCAGCAGCCUCCCGGCACCGAGCAACCGGGUCGGCACCAAAAGAGCCGCAGUCGACCGCACAGAGCGCAAAUCGAAACCCGCCUCCAAGAAACCCAAAGCCAUUAGGAAACUCAACUUUGAAGAUGAGAUGACGACUUCUCCCGUGCUUGGUCUCAAAAUCAAAGAGGGGCCGGUGGAGAUGAAGCCGAGGUCGCAGUCCGCGGGAAACAAGCCUCUCGGGGAGUUCGUGUGUCAGCUGUGCAAGGAGGCGUACAUGGACCCCUUCUCUCUGGCGCAGCACAAGUGCUCCCGCAUCGUCCGGGUCGAGUACCGGUGUCCCGAGUGCGACAAGAUGUUCAGCUGCCCGGCCAAUCUCGCCUCUCAUCGCCGCUGGCACAAACCCCGGACCACCAGCGCGCCGGCCCUGCCACCGGCGCAGGGCAUCAAACCCGAAAUGGCUAAAAUGCCCCCGAUAGGUGUCAAGUCCGUCACCGACGAAGCCAAAGACACGAGUGACAGAGAAACCCCGAGCCCAGGUGUGUCCGAGUCGGGCUCUGAAGACGGCUUAUAUGACUGCCAGUACUGCGGGAAGAGGUUCAAGCGACAGGCAUACCUAAGAAAACACAUCACGGCGCACCAGGCCUUGCAAAAGAAAGUUCUGGAGGAGCACGGGUUUCAAACCGGCGAGCACCCGGCAGAGCAGGCUCCGGUCUUAUCCUCUUCCUCCUCAUCCUCUUCAUCCUCCUCCUCCUCCUCCUCCUCCUCCACUUCCUCAGCAUCAUCAUCAUCAUCCUCAGAGGAAGCCUCAAACCAAAGCCCUCUCAAUCUGAGCCCGGUGGACUGCCUGCUGUGCCCGGUGUGCGGGGAGAGUUUCACCAGCAGGGCCGGCCAGGAGAGACACCUGCGCCUCAUGCACUCCUCUCAGAUCUACCCGUGCAAAUACUGCCCCGCCACUCUGUACAGCUCGCCGGGGCUCACCAGGCACAUAAACAAGUGCCACCCCUCGGAGAACAGGCAGGUGAUCCUGCUCCAGAUGCCGGUGCGCCCCGCCUGCUGAACACAACACUAAACGUGUGCCUUUGAUGGAGGGGGAACAUACUAAUGAUCAUUUAAAAAAACAAAAAGUGGCUUUGAGGUAAAAAAAAUUAAAAAAAGAAAAAGAAAAGAAAAAAGAAGAAGAGUUUGUGAUGCUCACUGCCAUAACUUUAGGCCAAUGAAGGGCAGGGCGGUUUGAUGUUUACGUGGUGUUUAAUGAGAUGUCUUUUCCAUGCCAAUCAGUGAUUGUUGAAUGCUUCUCUUUAUAUUUGAAUUACACAUAUAGGCCUAUUUUGAGAUCUUCGUUCUCAAAUCAGUUUAUCAAGAAAAAAAGGAAGAAAAAAAGGAGUACAAAGCGUUUGACUGUUAAAAGGGUAUUUUUCUAGGACAGCACACGUGUUCAAUGAUAGCUUCUAGACCUAAGAAAUGUCUUAAAAUUCUCAGAAAUCCUUUUCUCCAUCAAAGCCUUGUGGAUUCACUGACUGUGAAUCAGAAACAAUAUCUAUCGCUGCAGCUUUACGCGUUUUGUGGACGACAGAAAACUUGUCAACUUUGUAUUGGUGGGAAAAAGAGAGUGAAGCAUUCCCAGUUUAGUACCACGGAUGCCUUUAGCCUCUCCGACAUACAUACACAUCCAAAUCCCGCUGUAUACCUGCCUUAAAAAAAAAAAAGUCAACAUAGACAGUUUUAAUUUUGAAUGCUGGCACAUAUUUUAUUAUGUUAAUAUUAUUAUUAUUAUUAUUAAAGAAUUGUUGCAAUAUUUUUCAUCAUGUUUAUUUAUUUAUUUAUUUCUGCUUAAUUAUUUUUAAUGUAACUUAUUGUUGUGUUUGUUGUGACUUCUUCUGUGAAUCGUUCAGGCAAGUUUACAUGUCGUAUAGCCAAAAUGUUUAUUUUGUUCUUAAUUCACGAGUCUGAUCAGUGUCGUCGUGGGUUGGGUUUUAAUCUUCAAUCUCCGCAGCUCUUGAAAAAAGAAAGAAAAAAAACCCGUAAAGCUCUUACCUUAGAUGCAAUCUUUUUUAAGGACAAGUUAUUUUUCUUAAAUGUUGGCUUUUAUAGCGCUUUGAUUGUAUGUGUAUAUCGUUGUUGUCUAUCAAAAUAAAAAUAUUUUCAAGGACA